AUGCUUUUCAACUAUGCUUCAGAAUAUGCAAUUGGGAAGUUCCACAAAAACCAGAUGGGAUUUAAUGUCACACAUCAGCUGCUGCUCUAUGCUGAGGAUGUGAAUCUACUGGGAGCCUUUGCCGCAGCAGUGAGAAGUCUCAGCAAAUCCGAUAAGUGUCUGAAAGCCAUUUGUGGGCAUCUUGAGAAAUCCAUCAUACCAAGGAUACCCCAGAAACUCCAAGUUCGCUACAAUGAGGACUGCCAUGUUCCUGUUUGCAAUUUUGGUCGUGCUCGGCACCUUCAUCGCACAGUACCCUGCAGUGUACCGGACAUCAUAGUCACGGAAUUUCCCGUUAAUUCUCAAAUGGAGACGAGCAGCUGCAGAAGGACCACUUCUUAUUCUCAUGGGGAUUACACACGCACACUUUUGUUCACGUUAAGCUUCUAAGCUAAAUAUCUGCUGUAACUACUGCUUACUGACUGUUUAAGUAGUUUAAAUUAAACAUUGCAUAUCACGAG